CAGGAAGUAAACCUGGUAACAUCCUGGUACGAGGUGGUAACAAAACGGAUCGACUGCAGGCAGAGAAACAAGAACUAGAAGAUUUAAAAAGUGAGACUGUCUGCGUAGUUCAGAGGAACGUCUAGAGUCAUGGCUUCAAACCAAAGGGAAGACCUUCUGUGUCCAAUUUGCCAGAACAUUUUUGAGAAUCCAGUAACUCUGACGUGUGAGCACAGCUUCUGUGUCUCCUGUUUAAAGACAAACUGGGAGAAAGAAAGAGAAAGAGAAACUACUGAGUGUCCAGUCUGCAAGAGAAGGUCAUCAAAGACAAUAUUUAACCUUAACUUUGCUCUGAAGAUGGCGUGUGACGAGGUGAGAGCUUCAGGAUCUGAGCCGCUCUGCAGUUUGCAUGCAGAAACACUCAGCUUGUUCUGUGUGGAGGAGCAGCAGCUGCUGUGCCGCGUCUGCAGGAAGUCAGAGACGCACAGCGAACACAGGCUCCAGCUCGCCGAAGAGGCCGGACAGCAGGCCAAGAAAACGCUGCAGGAUUCCCUGAAGCCCUUAAGAAAGAGGAUGAGGCUCAUCCAUGAAGUGAAGGGAAGCUGUGAUGAAACUGCAGGUCACAUCAAAACUCAGGCUGAAGCUACAGAGAGGAAGAUCAAAGAGCAGUUUAAGAGGCUUCACCAGUUCCUGGAGGAAGAGGAGGAGGCCAGGCUGAGUGCACUCAGGGAGGAAGAGGAGCAGAAGAGUCACAUGAUGACGGAGAAGAUCAGAGCGCUGAGCAAAGAAAUCUCAGAUCUGUCAGGAAUAAUUAAAACCACAGAACAUGAACUGAGAGCAAAAGAUGUUCAGUUUCUGCUGAAUUACAAAGAAACCGUGAAGAGAAUCCAGCAGCAGCCGGUUCCUGAUGAUCCGGAGCUGAUCUCAGGAGCGCUGAUCGAUGAGGCCAGACAUCUGGGAAACCUGAGCUUCAACGUCUGGAGCAAGAUGAAGGACAUGAUCUCCUUCACUCCUGUCGUCCUGGAUCCAAACACGGCCCAUCCAGACCUCACUCUGUCCGACGAUCUGACCAGUCUGACGCAGGGCACAGGAAAACAGGAGCUUCCUGACAAUCCAGAGAGGAUCAACCACUUCAUUUCUGUCGUUGGCUCAGAGAGUUUCACCUCAGGAUGUCACAGCUGGGAGGUGGAGGUAGGAGAAAACGAUGCCUACGUUCUGGGUGUGCUGGCGGGGUCGGAUGUGAGGAAAGGCGUCAUCUGCUCCGGACUGUGGAGGCUCAUGUUCUGCAAAGGAGAAUACAAAACACUUUCCCCAACAGAUCCGGGGUCUGAUGUCUCUGUGAAGGGAAACCCAGGAAGGAUCCGGGUUUUCCUGGACUAUGAUGGAGGACGGCUGUCGUUUUCAGAUGCAGAAACUGGAACACACAUACACACCUUCACACACACUUUCACCGACAGGUUGUUUCCAUACAUCAGCACCUGGAGCGGGGUCACAAUAAAGAUCGCACCGCAGAAAAUCACUGCUGCCGUGGAUCAUUAGAAACUCUGCUUUCCUGCACUUUCUGCAACAGUUUCUUGUUUUAAGCUGUCAGAUAAUGUUUCCUCACUAAAUGGUGACACAUUCUGAGCAAAGAAAGGUGAAUAUAGACAAUGAAUGUAUGUUAUUAAUGAAAAGUUCAAUAGCUUAUGCUCUCACAGUAACUCUUAUAAUUUUUAGUUUAUUAUGAAGGAAUGUCCAGGGAUUAUAAUAGUUUUUACUUCUUUCAUUUUUAAUUAUUUUAUGAAGGUGUUUCUAAUUGGUCAGUGUAAAAAAAACUGUGUUUCUGCUUGGAGAAGUGACUUUGGCCAGCAGUAAAAAUGACGACAGCAAAACAAAUUGUAACAUAACUGUGAAUUAUCUGUAGAAUAAAAUUUUAUGGUUUGAAGGAA